GCCUGAGGGGUGGCCGCAGGCUGGCUGCGGCCGGAGGGGCCGGGUGUAAGAGUGGCGGUGGGUGGGGAUGCGCGAGGCCCCACCCCGGCUCCUUUACCCGUAUCUUGUGGGCGCUGAGCUGCCCUUGGGGCCCCUCACCGGUGCGGGCACCGCACGGACCCCUCCCCUGGCAGCGGGCGCACCUCAGAGCCGGGCGCCCCGGCGCUGAGGGAGCACAGACUCCAGGAGGUUUGACAGCAGCUACCUAAUGUUUUGCCCAAAUGAAACCCGUGCGUCUUCGCCCGCACCGGAGCGCGCGUUGGGGAGGCGAGCUGUUUGCAGGGCCACUAACCACCCCGCGUAGGAAGCGCGGCUCUGCCCCCGGCGCGCGGUCUGGAGAGGGAGGCGCAGCGCAGGGCUGGGGUCUUGGAUACUGAGCCUGGCCGCGGCGGCCAUGGCGGCGCCCGGGGACGCGAGGCGGCUGUGCAGGCUGGUGCAGGAAGGUCGGCUGUGCGCCCUGCGGGAGGAGCUGCAGCGAGCGGGGCCCCCCAGCUGCCCCGGGCCGGCGGGAGACACCCUGCUGCACUGCGCUGCCCGCCACGGCCGGCGGGACAUCCUGGCCUAUCUGGCCGAGGGCUGGAACAUGGACAUCGAGGCCGCCAACCGAGACUACAAGCGGCCUCUACACGAAGCUGCCUCCAUGGGUCACCGGGACUGUGUGCGAUAUCUGCUGGGCCGAGGAGCCGCGGUCGACUGCUUGAAGAAGGCUGACUGGACUCCUCUGAUGAUGGCUUGUAGAAGGAAGAAUCUCGAGGUGAUCCAGGACCUUGUAGAACAUGGUGCAGAUCCGCUUCUGAAGAACAAAGAUGGCUGGAACAGUUUCCACAUUGCCAGCCGAGAAGGUGACCCUGCAGUCCUUCAGUACUUGCUCACCAUUUGCCCAGAUGCCUGGAAGACAGAGAGCAAAAUUAACAGAACUCCUCUGCACACGGCAGCAAUGCAUGGCUGCUUAGAGGCAGUAAAGGUGCUUCUUCAGAGGUGUCAGUAUGAACCAGACUGCAGAGACAAGUGUGGCCUCACACCCUUUAUGGAUGCAAUUCAGUGUGGGCACAUCAACAUAGCCAGGCUGCUCCUCGAAAAACAUAAGGCUUGCAUUGGUGCUGAGGAUUCCCUGGGUGCCCAGGCUAUACACAGAGCAGCAGUCACCGGGCAGAAUGAAGCCAUCCGAUUCUUGGUCUCUGAACUUGGCAUUGAUGUAGAUGUGAAAGCAACAUCAACCCACCUUACAGCACUUCAUUACGCAGCUAAGGAAGGACAUGUGAGUACAGUUCAGAUGCUCAUUUCCUUGGGUGCUGACAUCAACUCUAAAGAUGAAAGAAAUCGAUCAGCCCUACACCUGGCCUGCGCGGGUCAGCACCUGGCCUGCAUCGAGUUUCUUCUGAAGUCUGGGCUGAGGGAUUCUCCAGACAUCACGGGUACCAUGGCUCAGCAGCUCACACGGAACACAGACAUCCUUCAGUGCUUCAGCCACAGCAUGACGGCAUGAGGGAUUCUAAAAGGCAGUAAAACCAUGGUAACUUAUAUCCUGCUGCUUAAGUCAUCACCGGGUUCAGUGAAAUCUGCAGAUAGUUGCUGCCCUCUGCCUUCCCUCCCCUGCACUCCACCGCUUCUGAGAUUCCCAGAGGAUGUGGACGCUGGCUUCCUAGAUGGAGGGAUGGGCACAUUAAAAAUCUCUCCCAUGCCGAAACCGGUUUGGCUCGGUGGAUAGAGCAUCAGUCUGCAGACUGAAAGGUCCCGGGUUUGAUUUCGGUGGGGGACAUGUACAUUGGAUGCGGGCACAUCCGCU